AUGAAGAAGGCUUUAGCUAGUCGUAUAUUGUCAAAUUUCCAUCAACUACGCGUUCCUUCGGCUGGGGCUCCGGCCCAGAAGGAGAAGAAGGAGGAGGAAAAGGAGGAGGAGGAAAAGGAGGAGGAGGAAAAGGAGGAGGAGGAAAAGGAGGAGGAGGAAAAGGAGGAGGAGAAGGUCGAGGAGAAGGAGGACUCCGACGAGGAGAUGGGUAAGGCCGGGGAGGAGGAGGACGAAGAGGAAGAGGAAGAGGAAGAGGAAGAGGGAGAGGUGGUGGUGGUGGCGCCACCAGAGGCGCCGGCCCCCGUGCCUGCUCGUGUUUA